CAGUUUUCUUUGGAAAAACCAGCCGGUCUGCCUUCAGCGCUGGCUUUCACAUUGGUUAAUGGCGCUUUAGCGAAGUUUCACUGAGCAAACGCAUGCUAGCCACAAGGGGAAUGGUCAACAUGUUGGCGGUGUUGUAAAUUUUGCGAAUGCUAUUUUGUGAUAGAUUCUUCUUCUCGUUCACAAGACAGUUCUGCCUUUGACUAACCAGUUCGUUUUAAUUGGUUUAAGACUGCAGGCUACAAGACCGUUAAUAAAGCGCAAUCUUGUAGAUUUUUCGCAUAUCUCACCGAUUUCAUGUAUGUUUACCGUAGUAUCUUGGAGAACAAGACGGUAAUGAUUUUGUAGCGUUUGGAAUGGAGCCGUCAAUCUAUCGUCCAUAUAUUCUAACAUCGAAGAUGUCGUCUCGUCUCCCUCAUCUUUCUCUCCGAUCUCUUCAUUCCUCUGUACUCCUUCUGCUGUUCGGAAUUUUUCAUCAUUUCGGACACAUUGCCGCAGUAGAGUCCACGACUCCCGCAAUUUUCUCAGAACCUAUGGAAAAUCAGACAGUUCAUUUGGGCCAAACAGCGACAUUUGCUUGCCGGGUAGCCUCUAGUCGGAGGACUGGUUGGAAGCAUGGAGACCGGCUAAUUUUUUUGGAAGGUGAUCCCGGUAGCUCCAAGAAUCAACGGUAUAGUACGGAUUACAAGGGCCCUACCGGGCUGCACGUUCUGACCAUCGCCAAUGUCACCGCGGACGACGACGACAGCGUUAGCUGUUUCGCAUAUCCACCGAAUUCUGAUGCUGUUUUUCCCACCAUCAUGUUAGCAUAUUUGAAAGUAUUGGUUCCUCCUUCGGAUAUCGUUAUAUUUAUUGGUUCAUCACGUUCACCGGCCUCCGCCACCGGCAGUAAUCUCAAAGUUCGCAUGGGGGAAAUGGUCAAUUUGACGUGUUUUGUGCCCGAUGGACGACCCACUCCAAAACUUGUGUGGUAUCGCAGCUCGAAGCAAGUCGAUACGAGAGAUAAUGCGGGAUACGCUGUGGGCGAAUCGUCGAGUGUCAAUGGCACGUACAGCUCUCUAAUCUUUCGAGCCAAACCGGAUGAUAAUGAUGUGGAUUUCACCUGCCAAGCCGAAAGCAUAGCGCUCAGCCGACCUUUAGCGCGUUCCGUCAAACUACUUGUGCUUUUUCCUCCUUCCACGCCAGUGAUACGUGACAGAGACGGCGUGAAAGUGGGCGAUAAAGUGAAAGUGCGUAAAGGAGAGCGCGACUUCCGGUUAUUGUGCUCAUCGGAUGGCGGCAAUCCCAUUCCACAGCUGACAUGGUUUCGCAACAACAUUCAAGAGGACAGCGCUGAGACCACACAUCUCUCGUUGGGCCGUGCCGCUUCGGCCGUUCUGACGUUUGUCCCCCGUGAGAUUGACAAUGGCGCAAUGCUCAAGUGCGAAGCCGUUAACGAGCUCAUGCCGCGCGGUGUCGAUGUGCAGACCACGCUGAGUGUUCUGUUUGGCCCAUCGACGGUCAACCUAAAAACACCGCGUGAAGCCCGACCCGGCAGUUCUCUGGAUGUGAAUUGUACAUCCAAUCCGAGUAAUCCCGCCGCAGAAAUCACAUGGACUAUCAAUAACAGGCCAUUUCGGGAAAAAAGUGUCCAUUACCAACCCACCAAUGAUGGUGCUUUCAUAACCACGUCCACCAUCAUCAUCAAACUAUCCCCCGAUGAGUACAGCGACAUUUCCGUGACGUGCCAGGCGGCCAAUAGCGAGAUCAGCGAAGUGAGUCGGACCAGCGCCGUGGUCACGGUGACGCCGAAGAUCAUUCCGAUGCAGCCCACAACGAACAAAUUCGACGUUUACGAUGCCGCUGGGAAUCCCAUUGACACGACCAAUGCGACGGAUGUGGACAGUGUCGGACAAACGGGAACCAAACCGGAGAAUCUGACCAUGAUCGUGGCGGUGUCGGCGUCCGUUGGCGGUGCGGUGUUCUGUGCACUGUUGGGCUGUUUGAUUUACGUGUUAAUCCGGGGAAAAAGCAAGAAAUUUGAAGAAAUGGCAAACAGCGACAGCUCGGGUAGUUCCAAAGGUCACACGGAAGUGUGCAGUCAGAAUGGUAUGGACACCGGCACGGAGACAACGGGGUUCGAUGUGGAGAAAACACCAGUGGAUUCGUAUUCCGGACCGAAAAAUCAACUAUCGCCCUCAGCGGUACGCACAAAUGCCGCGAGCACAUAUCUGCUGGAUGAGCCAUACCACAGUCCGUACGGGACAUACAAGCACUGGACAGCUCCUGAGCCAACUCAUGAUUUGGAAAACGAAAUGGGAGUCGAUUACGAUGCUGAGGAUUUUUAUAUUGAGAACUUACGCAGAACUGCCCGCCAGACAAUGCAGCCUCAUACACACAGUCCGUCGCCACUCCGACCCAUUCCCAACCAUUUAACGUAUGAACCGAUCCAUAAAACCUCUCUGUUGUCGACCUUUAACGGACAAGCCAUUCCAACGUAUCGAGCGGAAGCCUUGGUGGAUGAGCUGAAAGGUCAUCUGGUAUAAGGACACUAAAUCCGUGUGCUGUGAUGAUACAGGAGAGCCAUAAUUGUACACGUUCCGAGUGGUUUGCGGGGUCGAGAAAUCGAGGAUGUUUUAACUUUCUGAGCGGUCUCUUUUUUGUGGAGAGAAUAAAAAGGGACCUUUUGUGCCAAAGAGCGGGAUGGUUGGCGAAAAUGGUUCGGCCAGCACAUUCCCGAAAUAUUAAUAAUGUUUGUAGGUAUUCACUGAUUAGUAGCUGGGUGCAUCAUUGCACUUAAUGUCGAGGGGAGGGUUUUUGUGUAAGCUCUUCUAUUUGAUGUAUUCUAGAUUUUAUGUUUUAUUAUGGUGGCUACGAGGAGUAUGGGAAUCUUCAGCUUCACAAACUGUAUACACGCUUUUGUUGCUCAAUACGGUCAAAUAUGUUGUCGAUGGGUAUAUGGAAUGUUCAGGUGAAAUAAAAA